AUGGCCUCCCUUACGACCCAGAUGAAUGCUCUUCCAGCCUUGACGCCGGCCCAGUGGUGCCAGGUAUUCUUCGGGCUUUCAACAGCAGCAGUAUUGGCUAUUCAAGUAGUCCCAAGGACAACUCAGCGUCUUCUCCUCGACUACGGCGCCCGCUCACCGGCCAAUACCACCGAUGAACGGACGAAGGAGGCCACUGGUCCCAAGGAAAUGGACUUGUUCACCAAAGCCGCCAAAGCGGUGUCGUCCAUUGGUCAAAUCCCACACUCGUGGUUUAUGCACUUCUACGUCGCGUCCGUUGCGGGUUCGGCCUUCUGGGCAUGGCAGUAUCUUCGAAGCGGUUCAGCCAUGACCUUCAUCGCUGCUCGGCAAGCGGCAUCGGGAGGUCCUUCUACGAGCAUCGAGCAGACGGUUCUUGUCUGGACAUUGAUGGCGCUGCAAGGCACGAGGAGGUUGUACGAGUGUCUCUUUGUAAUGAGACCAGGGUCUUCCAAAAUGUGGUUCGUCCAUUGGCUGCUUGGAUUGGGUUUCUAUCUCUGCAUGAGCGUAUCCGUCUGGGUCGACGGCUCAGCUGCCUUGAGACAAGCAGCAGCACCGAGUUUUGAGGGCCUGCUGUCGCCUGGAGUCGUCAUGGGGACCAUCGCGUACCUUUACGGCUGGACUAAUCAGCAUAAUUGCCAUAAACACCUGGCCAGCCUCAAAAAGUAUUCCUUGCCGGAGCAGGGCCUUUUUCGGUACCUCAUCUGCCCUCACUACACUUGCGAAUGCCUGAUCUAUCUGGGCCUUGCCAUAAUAGCCGCGCCAAAGGGCUACAUCGUCAAUCGCACCCUCAUGGGUGCGCUAUGGUUCAUCGUCGCCAACUUGGGCACAACAGCAGAUGGUACCAAACAGUGGUACGCACACAAGUUUGGCGCUGAGAAGGUCGCCAGUAAAUGGAGGAUGAUACCCUUUGUCUUCUAG